AUGAAAUUGUUAAUAGUUUUGCUGGGCUACCUAACGCUGUCCUUGGCAGCUGAUUUAACUGAUGAGCAAAAGUCCACGAUUCGGGCAAAUGCCAUGCUUUGCACGCAGCAGGAAGGCAACACCAAGGAGCAGGCAUUUGCGCUGCGCAAUGGAAACUUCGAAGAUGCUGACGAUAAGGUCAAGUGCUAUGCCAAUUGCUUUUUGGAGAAGGCUGGGUUUAUAGUCGAUGGCCAGAUCAACGGAGAGGCGGUACUGCAAAAGCUGGCACCCGCUGCCGGAGUGGAUCAAGUGAAGGCCGCUCUCGCCACUUGUGAUUCGGUCAGGGGUGCGAAUAAAUGUGAGACGGGCUUUCAGAUCUAUCAAUGCUUCUAUAAGAAUCGAGCUUGGGCUUAG